AUUUGCUACUGGGGCUUCAUGACGCCUACAUAGGCGUCACCGUAUUGAAGGGGUUAAAGUAAAUUUAUCAUUAAUAUCUGACAAGGUAAAAUGGGGCUAGAAAUGCUCCAUAAUGUAAAAUGUAGACCCUGCAGAGGGCUAUAAUUAUGUAAGGUGUGUUGGUUGAAUCACCAAUACAACAAGUAAAUUUCAAGAAAAUUUCCAAAUAUUUAAGAGUUUCUUCUUUUUAUUCUAAGUUUUCAUGUGAGUAUAUUAACCAAACCAAUGUUAUACUAGAUUUUUUUUUUAUAUGUUUCAUAAUGUUUAAGCUAUUAUGUCACAAAUCUUUAUCAAACAAUGAAUCUUAACUUAACCUUAUAUAUGACAUAACCUAAAUGUUUGCAGAAAUUGAAUUAAUGCAUCAUACCACUUUCAAGUACUGCAUUGUAAGAUUGAAAUCUAUAUUAAUUUCAGGGCCCACAAGAAAACCUGCAGCGUUGUUGAGAGAGGCAUCGGGCAACUGAAGCAACAUUUUCACAUGCUACACAGUGAAAUCCAAGUUGGUCCUCCAUCCAAGGUCUGCCAAAUUGUAGAGGUUUGCUGCAUUGCUGCACAACAUCUGCAAAGCAAGAAACAUAAUUUUUCUUGAGGAAGAAGAACAUCUUGCUGCAGCCGAGGAUGGAGGCAAUGAGGAGCGACCCCCAGCACAGAAAGUUCAAAGUCGCCAUGAAGGAAUCCUUUACAGGGAUGAAUUUGUUGUGCUUCACUUCAACAUUGAUGAAUAAUGAGACACCAGUGUCAUGACUGCUGAGAUUGGUGUUAUUCUCAUGUGGAUGACCUCCUCCUCAUCCACAAACACCAGUGAUGUACCAGGCAAGUCUGGCCCCUGUUGGUGUCGCAUCACUGGUGCUGGAAGUGGUGUGGCAGGUGCCUUCUCCUCAACACCCACUGCCUCGGUCACCACUUCUCUCUGUUGGGCUGCCACUUCCCCAGCAUCAUCUGCUGCCUCCACACUGCUGGCAUCAUUAGUUCUAACUUCAGAAACUAAGCUGAUAAUGUUUUUGGUUUUAUUGCUAAGGACAAAAGUAACAGAAACCAGUAAAUCUAGCUAAGGGUA